AUGGAUCAGAUCUUCCGCAAGGUGGAGCGGGGCAUCGAUGCCCUCUUUGGUGAUGAGCGUCACGCCCACACCCACAUGGGCCACCAGUGUCACGAGCACCAUCCCGCCGACCAUGCCGAGAACCGAUACCAGUCCUUCGCCCCCCAGACUACCGGCAACGCCAAGUGGUAUGUCGACGGGUGCUCCUACUUCUGGGCCGUCUCGGAGGCGAUUGAGCAGGCACGCGAAAGCAUCUACAUCCUGGAUUGGUGGCUGAGUCCGGAGCUCUAUCUGCGCCGUCCGCCCUCCCAGAACGAGCGCUACCGUAUUGACAACCUACUCAAGGCCGCCGCCGAGAGGGGUGUCAAGGUAAACGUUAUUGUCUACAAGGAGGUCGAGGCCGCCCUGACACUCAAGUCUUCUCACACAAGGACCUACCUGGAAAGCCUUCAUCCCAACAUCGGCGUGUUUCGGCACCCUGACCAUGUCCCGACGGGUUACGAUUUCCAGGCUGAGCUCCGCCAGAACUUCUCCAACAUGAACCUCAACACCUUCUCAUUGUCCAAGGCUUCCGGAGAUGCUAUCAAGGCCAUCUACGGCACUGCUUCUGACGGUGUCACCCUGUUCUGGGCCCACCACGAGAAGCUUUGUCUGAUUGACGGAAAGAUCGCCUUUAUGGGAGGUUUGGAUAUGUGUUUCGGCAGAUGGGACACCAACAGUCACCCUAUUGCCGACGCCCACCCCGGCAACUUGGACGCCGUCAUCUUCCCCGGUCAAGACUACAACAACGCUCGUGUCUACGACUUUGCCGACGUCGACAACUGGGAGCAGAACAAACUUGACCGCACCAAGAGCUCCAGAAUGGGCUGGUCCGACGUCAGUCUCUGCUUGAAUGGACCCAUCGUCCAACACUUGGCAGAUCACUUUGUCGACCGAUGGAACUUCAUCUAUGGCGAGAAGUACGGCAAGAAGAACCCCGGCAAGUAUCAGGCUUUGGGAGGUGCCAAUGGUAACUCUGAGGCCGGGAGAAUCGCCGAGAACCAAACAGAGAGCAGCGGCUUUUUCGGCGGCGGCGGCGGCGGUGGUGGUCAUCUGUUCGGCGACCUUUCCGAACGCAUCAACCGCGGCGUGAGCCGGCUGAUGGUCAGCGACGACCAUGACGACGGGAGGCUCUCCAGAGUUGACCACGGCGACCGCGCCGCCAACAUUCAACUUACUCGAAGCUGUACAAAGUGGUCUUCCGGCCACGCCACCGAGCACUCCAUCGCCAACGCCUACAUCGAAGCCAUCACCAAGGCUCGCCACUUUGUCUACAUGGAGAAUCAAUUCUUCAUCACGGCCACCAGCAAGGAGCAACACCCCGUCACCAACAAGAUCGGCCGUGCCAUGGUGGACCGCAUCAUCCGCGCCGAUCGCGACGGUGAAGACUUUAAAAUCAUCGUCGCCAUGCCCGCGGUCCCCGCCUUCGCCGGCGAUCUCAAGGCCGACGACGCCCUUGGCACGCGCGCCAUCAUGGAGUUCCAGUACAAUUCCAUCUCCCGUGGCGGAUAUUCCAUCCUCGAGACGCUCCGCUCCGAGGGUGGCAUCGAGGACCCGGGCCGCUACAUCCGCUUCUACAAUCUCCGCAACUACGACCGCAUCAACACCUCCUCCACCAUGGCUGCCGCCGAGCAGCGCUCUGGCGUCCGCUACGAGGACGCCCGCCGCGAGCACGACGACGUCGUCGGCGCGGGCUACGGCGACCGUGGUGAGGGCACGGGCGCCCGGUGGGGCGAGCGCAACUCUCAGUACGAGCGCUACCAGGAGGCCGCCUCCCGCGUCUCGGACCAGACCUGGGAUUCCGUGUCGGCGUGCUACAUGGACUCAGGGCCGGACCUGCACAGCGUCCCCUGGCACGGCGAGCCCGAGGCCGAGAUGGACGCCUUCGUCAGCGAGGAGCUCUACAUUCACUCCAAGCUCCUCAUUGCCGACGACAGCCUUGUCAUCUGCGGCUCCGCUAACCUUAACGACCGAUCGCAGCUGGGCUCGCACGACUCUGAGAUCGCCGUCAUCAUCGAGGACCCCACCCCGGUCGAGUCCGAGAUGGCGGGCCGCCCAUUCACGGCCUCUAAGUUCGCCACCUCGCUCCGCCGCCAGAUCUUCCGCAAGCACCUCGGCCUCCUCCCCGACCAGCCCUGCGAUCGGCCCAACGACAACUGGACGUCGGUCGACCGGGGUCCCAACACCUACGACUGGAAUUCGCCCGCCGACCGCCUCGUGCGGGACCCCAUGUCGCGCGGCUUCUGGGACCUGUGGGAGCGCACGGCGCGCACAAACACCGAGGUCUUCUCCAAGGUCUUCCACAACGUGCCCAACGACCACGUCCGCACCUGGAAGGACUACGAUGAGUUCUUCAGCAAGCACUUCAUUAUCCCGGGAGCCAAGGAGCAGGGUAACACGAGCGGCAAAGUCGAGUACGGCCAUGUCGUCCGCGAAGAGUUCCCCGGCGGCGUGGGUGAGGUCAAGGACUGGCUCAACCGCGUGCGCGGCAACCUCGUCGAGAUGCCCCUCGACUUCCUCGUCGAUGUCGAUGACAUUGCCAAGGAGGGACUGUCUCUCAACAGCUUCACGGAUGAAAUUUACACGUAG